GAGUGUGUGUGUGCGUGCUCUGCUGUUGCUGCCCUUUGAUCCCUGCAUUAGUGUUAGUUAGGGGCUCGGAGACACACGCGCGCACGCACACACACACACACACACACAUACACACACACACACGCACACACACACACACACUUGCACGGAGAGAGCAGCCAUAGUCAAGACACGGCAACAACAACCAGCGCCUCCUCCUCCUCCUCCUCCUCGAGCCCAGGCGAAAGCGAAGGCAGCAGCCAGGUGCACGACGAGCCUCCGCGCGCCUCCUUUCAAUGGCAGAAGACCUUUUUUCUCCUCAGCCCGAACCAAGGAGGAGAAUGUGAUAAACAGAAGACGCGAAAAGGGGGGGGGGAGAAAAUGCCAAGGAGGAAACAGGAGCAACCCAAGCGUCUGCCUUCGCAUGUGGACCCGGUGGAGGAGGGGGCGGUGGCGGGCGGCUCGGGGGAGGAGGACGGCUGGUUCGGAAAUGCCAGCGACAGCCCGUCUGAGUCGUCUUAUGGUGAUGUCCAGGAUGAGCCACGGGUGUCCCCUCAGAACGGGACAACUCGGCCUGACCCGGAUGCCUCGGCCGAGGGCCCGGCAGGCUGCCCUACACCUGUGCAGCGGCGGGCCUCCCUGGACCCACUUGGGCUUGAUGCCCGGCUGCUGACGUCCCAGGACACGCUAUCAUCAGUGGUAUCGUCGCUCUAUGGAGACUCGGCCCAGGGGAACCUGGGGAAACCCCUCAGCAGCAACCUGCGGAGACUGCUGGAGGCGGGGUCACUGAAGCUGGAAGGAGGGGAGCUGGUAGGGGUGCGGGGGGCAGGCCGGGGGACAGAGUCUCCACCAAUGGGCUUGGCUCUCUCUCCGUCAUCCCAUCAUGCUCAGCAACUUAGCGCACUAGCCCGCAGAUUGGCCAGUAGCAACAACAAUAGCGGUAACUCUGCCACUUCUUCACCCGCGUCUGUGGCAACGGUCAAGCAAGAGCCUAGUGACCCUUUUGGACCAACUGAUCCUGCCGGCGCAAGUAGCACUGGUUUCGUUUGGAUCGGGCAAAUGGCGGACAAAUGGCCUCCAGCUGCUAGCAGCAGUAGCUUGUCGCCCGACUCAGCCAUCCAAAAGCUAAAAGCAGCUGCUAAUGCUGUCCUCCAGGACAAAAGCGCUGUGGCCUCGUCCACUUCUGCAUCUUCAUCCUCAUCCUCUUCAUCCUCCUCUUCAGUCAGCUCCGUGCCAGCCCUGGGCAGUCGACAAGAUGAUGCCAUGCGCUUUGACGCCUUCGCAUCACCCUUCAGCUCCCAGUCAGCUAGCUCCACGUUAGCUGCACUGUCCAAGAAAGUGUCAGAGCGUAGCCAGCAGCAGCAUCAACAGCAGCAUCAACAGCAGCAGCAACAGCAGCAGCAGCAGGCCGGUGCCCCAGACCAUCAGCCUUCGGCCGCCUCUUUUCUGUCCCUCAUCUCCAUGACCUCGUCUGCUGCCCUUCUCAAAGAAGUGGCGGCACGGGCGGCUGGGAACCUGCUGGCCGAUAAAAAGGAGCCAUCGCAACCACCGCUUGGGCUGGCACCCUCGGAGGAUGUCAAGCCUUUGUUAGACAGGAACCAGAAGGCCCCUACACCCACCCAGACCCUGGACCUUCUGCUGCCCACUACCCCCAAGGGAAGGGCCAAGCCCAGCAGUCAAGCAGGUUCACCGGAGGAUGGUGGAAAGCCCUUCCAGUGUCCAGUGUGCGGUCUGGUCAUCAAGAGAAAGAGCUACUGGAAGAGACACAUGGUGAUUCACACAGGUUUAAAAAGCCACCAGUGUCCCCUAUGUCCCUUCCGCUGUGCUCGCAAAGACAAUCUCAAGUCCCACAUGAAGGUGCACCAGCACCAAGACCGUGGCGAGACGUUCCAGUGCGAGCUGUGCCCCUUCACAUCCUCGCGUCACUUCAGCUUGAAGCUGCAUAUGCGCUGCCACCAGCACUUCCCCCGGCCAGACCUCAAGGUCAAGGAGGAGCCCUCCACCGACACGGAAGAGGGUGAGGGCUCCCUGCUGGGCGACGGUGGCGCAGCUGGAGACCAGGUGAUGGCUACGGAAGCCUCCCCAUCCCCUGCCCUGUCCCAGGCUGACGGACGUCUGUUGGCGUCUCCUGGCGAGCCCUCCAACCACGUGCAGAUCAAAGAGGAGCCUCAGGAUGUGGCAGUGACGUCGCCCUUCGCCCCGCUGUGCAGGGAGCGGCCUGGAAGCAGUAGCAGUGGCUCCUUGGACCUCCCUGGGCUCAAGACCAGCCCUCCAGGCCCAACAGCUGCCUCACUCUUCAGCCCUGACAUCACAACAAAGACAGCGACGGACUUGCUAAUAAAACUGUCUGCGGCCAACCAGAAGGAGGCGCUGAAGGGUGCAUUCUGUGUGAAGGAAGAGCCCCAGGCAGAGGAACCCCUGAGCCCACCCCGCGGCCCCUCGUUCAGCCUUGCCCAGGAUGGCCCCACUGGGCCCAGCAGGCCGCACCAAGAGGGCAGCCCCAUGCUGACCAAGAGCAGCCUGCUGAGCCAGGACAUCAACGUGAAAGUGGCCUCUGAACUGCUAAUGAAACUCUCAGAGAACAAUAAGGACACCUGUCUCCAGAAAGUGACGGUGAAGGCGGAGCCCAUGGAAGUGGACCCACCCUCUGAAGUGGCCCCUCCCCCCUCUCACCUGCUAGGCUUCAGCACUUUAGGGGCAUGUGAGAAGAAAGAGCCAACGGCUGGACUCCCAGAGCCUCUGCCCCGCCCCCAAAAGGACCUCUUCUCCCAGGACAUAUCGGUUAAAAUGGCCUCCGAGCUGCUCUUCAAACUGUCUGAAAAAGUAAGCAAAGCUAACGAAAACAAAGACAGCACAUCGUUCGGCAUUAACAGCCCUUUCCUGGACGACCGCUUUAGACAAUCGCCCUUCAGCACACGUUCAAAGAGCUCUUCCCCAGCUGAGGCCAGCUCGUCUGCCAGAGCCGCCCACCAGCAAGACUCGGAGAAGGCUCUUGGGGAGGCGGGGAAUGGCCUGGCUCAGUGGAGGAUAAACGAACAGCUCUUCCCCUGCUCUGUGUGUGGAAAAGUGUUCGGCCGCCAGCAAACCCUCUCCAGACACCUUUCCUUACACACAGAGGAGAGGAAGUAUAAAUGCCACUUGUGUCCGUAUGCAGCGAAGUGCAGAGCCAACCUAAACCAGCAUCUCACCAUCCACUCAGUCAAACUGGUCAGCACAGACACUGAACACAUCGUUACUGCAGUGACCUCCGACGGAGGAGAGCGCAAGAACUGCCCCUACUACUACAGCUGCCGAGUGUGUGGUUUCCAGACGGAGCUGAACGCCCAGUUUGUGAGCCACAUGUCGCUGCAUGUGGAUAAGGAGCAGUGGAUGUUCUCUCUGUGCUGCAGCUCGUGUGAAUACGUAGGAGUGGAUGAAGCUGAGAUUAAAGCCCAUGUGAACGCCGAGCAUGCAGGUUUGAACUCCCGGAGCCCCCUCAGCGAGAGUAAGAGCACCUCCUCUUCUCUCUCCGCCCUCAGUGACUCUCUGAACAGCUCAGAGGGCGGAGAUGUUACCCAGGGAAACGAAGAACUCAAGAGCCUGUUGGCCCCGCCCUCCUCUGCCAGCAGCCAAUCAAGCUCGGGCUCAGGAACAGAGGAGAAAUCAGAAAAAGGCUUUGAAUGUGUGUUCUGCAACUUUGUGUGUAAGACGCGGGCCAUGUACGAGCGGCACCUGCAGAUCCACCUGAUCACGCGCAUGUUCGAGUGCGACAUCUGCCACAAGUUCAUGAAGACGCCCGAGCAGCUGCUGGAACACAAGAAGUGCCAUACCGUCCCCGCUGGAGGGCUCAAGUGCCCUCUCUGCGUCUACUCCACCAACAGGCCGGCAGCCAUGGAGUGCCACCUGAAGACACACUGCAAGCCGGAGCACCGCUGCCGCAUCUGCCAGGCGGCGUGGGCCAGCCAGGCGGAGUUGGAGAGGCACGCGCGCGCCCACCGCCUGGGCAACCACUACCGCUGCGAGCAGUGCGGCUACCUGUCCAAGACGGCCAACAAGCUGAUCGAGCACGUGCGUGUGCACACAGGCGAGCGGCCCUUCCACUGCGACCGCUGCAGCUACAGCUGCAAGCGCAAGGACAACCUCAACCUGCACAAGCGCCUCAAACAUGCCCCCCGGCAGACGUUCGGCUGCGCCCGCUGCCCCUUCACCACCACGCACCCGUUCGUAUACAGCCGCCACCUCAAGAAGCACCAGGGCACAGAGGGAGGUGCAGAGGAGGGAGAAGCCCAGGAAGGCAUGCCGUGCCUGGGCAGUGGAGACAGCCAUGAGCCCCUGGUGCUCCUGGAGGGUGGCGGAAGUAGCAGUGGAGGGAACAGCAGCGGCAGCAGUAGCAGCAGUCCACUCAUGAGCCUGAGCGCAUCGCAGGCCCUGCAGUCCGUUGCCCUGUCAAUCUCCAGCAAACAGCAGCCGGACAGCGCUCUGGCCGGCCCGCACUACCUCUCAGCCAAUGGGGCCUCACUGGCCGCUCGCUACUCCGAUCAGUACAGGAACUAUGACCCGGCGCACCUCCUCAUCCCCCUCACCACGCUCUUCACCACCCGCCGCUUCACAUUCCACAGCCCCUCCCCCUCACGUUGCUCCUCGCCCUUCUCCUCUAGACUUUGGUCACGCCCCUAUUCACAAGCUCCUCCCCCACCUUCGCCCAUGUCACCCAAGCACUCCUUCCUGGCCUAUCUGGGACUGACGGAGAGAGCUAAAACCGUCUGACCCCUCCCCACUUUUUAACCUACCUCUCCAUUCCUCCUCCUGUUUUCAUUCUUAUCCUCUAUCUGUCCAUUCUUUCACAUCCCCAGAGCACCUCUUUGGCCGGUAGGAGUCACCGGUCAGAUCCUUCCUUCAGCAGCCGGAAAAAAAAACGCUGCUCAUGAGAAUUAGAACAGAAAGACACACAAACAUGUUUAAAAAUGUUUAUCAAAAGGAAAAAGGCUGUAUGUGCUCGAUGCAUUUAUAUCAAAGCUGCUUUUCUUUGUUCUAAUUAUUACACCUUUUUGUUGUUGUUUUUAUUUUUUAAUUUUUUGGCAAAUUUUGAAUGACCAGGAAAAACCGACAAUAGUGCUUUAUCUAGGACUUUUUUCUUUCUUUUGUUUGACAAAGAGAAAAAAAAAGAAGAUGCAAAUGUGCAAGCGCUCAGCAUUUUCGUGCAUUAGUAUGUCUUUUUACAAAGCAUCAGAUAGCAUGCUCGCCUAUGUGUUACGAUUGUUUUAUAUGUCAUUUUAGGGGCUCGAUAUGAAAUAUCCCAGGGCGUUUGCAGCACGACAAAAAAAGGAAAAAAAUGAAAAGAGUUCAUUCUUUUCAAGUCUCGUUUUUCAAAGCGACGCCUCAAACCACGCACUUGAUUAUUUAUCGAACUGUACAUAGUUUUGUAGCCUUUCUCUGCCCCCCCACCCCCUCCCCCAUCCCCCCUCCAUGCCUCUUGGCUUUGACUGGUUUUCAGAAACACUGAUCUUGCCUCGGAAGCAGGCUGAAGGCCCUUUACCAGUCAGGCAAAGCUGAUGGCAGUACAGUUUUUGUUUCUUUUGUUCGUUUUUGUUUUGUUUUGUUUUGUUUUGUUUUUUUGCACAAGCCUUUCAGGGUGUGCUGGUGGCCCAAGCAAUCAUUGCCACCCCUUAUAAGGGCUGUUAGUCCACCGUACGCCCUUGAGGAUCACACCACCUUCGCCAUACCUAUCGGUUGCCACAGAUUGUGCCAAUAGCUAAAAAAGGUGGAGCGGCCAUCCUCUGUAAGCACGAGAUGAGUGACCAGUCAAGCGCCCUGUGCAUAGCUAUCGUACGUAAUGUGCACCUGUACAUUUAAGAAGAUAUAUGAGGUGGCAGGUAUUUGGGGGAGAAAAACAAACCCCACAUGUCUUGUCACAUAAGGCCGAUUCAAUGGUGCUUUUUGGAGCUUUUUUGUAAUUUUUUUGUGUAAAGAAAAAAAAAGAGAACCUGUUCCAAAAUGACUUGAAUGAAUGUACUUUUCGUUGGUUAAUGUUAAAGUGAUACAGAGGUAGCUGGGCUUUGUGGAGUGAAGAUAUGAGAAACAGUGGUAUAUCGGUGGCCUUCUGUGUCUUAACAUUUCUUUUAUUCUGGUUGCUUUUUUUGUUUGUUUGUUUUUCUUUUUGUUUUUUUUACGAGCCUUUGAAAUGUACAAUGUAUAAAUAUAUACAUAUAUAUAUAUACAUAUAUAUAUAUCCUGUACUAACAAGCUAUUAUGAAGAUCUCAUUGGAUAAUGGCUCUUAAGUGCAAUGUGGAGGCAGCCAUUAUUUGAAGGAGGAUUUAUGGAAGCAUUGCUUUCACUGAAGCGGGCAAACAUGGUACUAGAAUUCUGUGUUCCCCUUUUUUUUCAUUUUAAUUGCACUUAACCUCUUUGACACAUUUUAAAGAAAGCACUUAAACCCAAUAAGAAAUUUCCUUUGAUGCCAAUUCCUCCAAACACUUUGACAGACCAAAACAGUGGCAUUCAGCAAAUGGAAUGCCUCACUUUGUGUCUGCCAUUCUUGGUUGGAAAUAAGGAUUCUAAAGCUCUUUUUUUUGGCCAAUCAACAGUGUUGGACUGCUCUGUUAAAAUGUCUAGAACAGUAGGCGUAUAGCAGACAUUCACCUGGGCACUAAAGGACCAGGCUAAAUUUCUAAACGCCAGUUUUGCACAGUGGUGUAAACGUUGCACUUUUCCAAAUGAUUUGAAUUGAUCGAAUCUAAAAUUGGUAAUGAAUUACAUACCUUAGAUUUCAAUAGCUGUAGUAUACAGUGAUGCUCCUAAAUAUGCUAAAUUAUAUUUAAAAAUUAAUCUAAAGAAUUGCUCUAUAGUAAAGCUCCAAGGCGUUUAAAUCGGUUAAGAACAGAUUAAAACAUAGUUGUAUACAAAAAGUUGGACACCCUUGUUAAUUUUAAUAAAUAAAAAUAAAACGUGAAAUUAAGUACAUGUCCUCUACAGAAAGCUCAAUUUAUUGUACAAUUACUGUUUAUUUGCUGUAUUAAACAUCAUAAAAAUGAAGAUGUGGCCUGUGCAGAAGUUAUGGCACAUUAUAUAGGCUUUAUUAAUUUCCAACGUGUUAAACUCAGCACUAAAAAGUAUGAACUUGAAACUGGAAUUGGUAAGUUUGUUCUCUGUAGAGGAUGUGUUGACUUAUUUUCACUUAGAAAAUCAACAAACCAUGUAAUCUGCACACAGUGCCAAGACAGUGUCGUCCUUCUGUUCUGUCUGGAUAAAUGCCAGAAACAUUAUUGCAUAUUGCCCAUCAUAGAUUUGUAGUAAAUUCCCCCCUCAUUUAUUCGAGGAUAGUGCCUCUGAUUUGUUAUUUAUCCUUAUUUAUCUCAAAGACAACCAUGUGAUUUUAUUCUCAGAGCCAACCUGCUUACAGUAAAAACAAGGGUUAUCCGCAGGCUAUAAGAAGAACAUUCCCUGUUAAGUUGUAGAUGUUUCCUCUUAAGUCAGGAGGCUUUUGAAUUUAGUUCCAGUUGGAAUUAUUCACAAGAAAGACAACAAAAGUCCCUGGAGCAUUACUUAUAGAGGUGACCUUUGGGUGGUUUGACUGAUCCCUCCCUAAUUAAGCUUUUUCGUUUGCCUUUAGAGAAGGUGAGUUGGGAUGAAGAUGUACGUUAAGACCAAGUUGCUGGCUUGCAUUAGAACCAACACAGCCUAAGCUAACAGAAGGCAAGUUGGUAUUCCAAUAAAGCUAUUUUCUUCUUUUUCUUUCCUACUGUUUCAGUUUUUACUGUUUUUUUUCCCCAUGUUGAAAAAGACAUUUUCUCUGCAAAUAUGCCCAGCAUGCAGUGUAAGUGCUACGUCGUAUCUUAAGUGAAGACCCCUUUCACUUGUUAAUAAGGCUCCGGCUGCUAAAUACGUUCUUUUAUGCUCUAGUGCCACUUGGUGGAAUAAAAAAAGUGGCCUGGAAGCCCCGAGAAUGAGUCUAACUGAUUCUCGGGACCCAUUUUGUCUGGAAUCCAUUCAGAUCGAAUGUCCGCUGGGCAAGAUCCCUUUCAUCAGGCUGCCUUGGCACCACGUAAUCAUUAUGUAAAAGAAGAUGGCUGCAGCGCCCUCCUGUCCGAUUGUGUGGGCAGGAAGUGGAGGACAGAAGUCCCUCCCUGUGCUGACACCAGUAUUUAUAAGCACUUAUUUUCUUUUCUGUUGCCUAAUUGCGAAGCGGCAGUGCAUUUUUUUGUUUCUGACAUCAUUUUUCAUUAUGAAAGACUACCUUUUUAGCCCUUCAAAAGAUGCAUGGAAUCGCUCUCUUGUCUUUCUAGCUCGUAGCACUUAUGUUUUUUCUUCCUUAAAAAAAAAAAAGAAAAAAAAAAACUAAUUCAGUUUUGCAUUUACCUUGGCAUUUUUUUUCCAGCACAGUCUGUUUGCUUUGCAUUUUUUGAUGUAUUUUAUGACUCAAUAAGGCUCAAGUAUCAUUUUUUUGUUUGUUUUUUGGCACUCAGUAAAAUUAUGUGCUGUAAAAAGCUUUUUUAUUACUUCAUUCUUAAGGCUGUACAGGGUUGUUUGUGACAAUAACUGGUAAUUAGACCAUUUGUACCGUUUAUUUUUGUUUUGUAUUUUUUCUUCUCGGUUUGGCAUUUCUUUAUGUUCAGAUUGCCAGUUCUAAAUGUAACAGGAUUUGAAAGUAAAGCUUACAUCAGAUAUUAAA